ACAGCACAAGACCCUGUCUCCAAUAAUAGUAAUUACUAUUAUUCCACCAUGUAACUUGUUCCAUACAUUCUUUAUUCUGUUGUUGUUGUUCUACCCUCAAGCUUUCUGCCAAACUAUUGUGUUCUCUCCUUCACCUUCAGCUAUACAAAGUAUAUUCAAGCUUAACAAAACCUUUGAAGCAUAACCUUCUUCACUGAACUUUUUUAUUUAGGAGGGUCAGUGGGAGGGAAAUGUGGUUUUCCCUUUUGACCCUUCCUCUAUCCAAACGCACAUUUUAAGUUGGUUUCUUAUCUCUAAAUUCAAAUGUGGCUUUAUCAUGUUCCAUGUUUUGUAUCUAUAACUUUUGUAUUCACUUUGUUAAUUUUACCACAAUUUUUUUUUAAAUCUACUUUGUUCCCAUCAGCUUUGUCUCUUUCAGAGUGAACAUUAGGAGAGCAGGAACUGGAUUUAUCAGCUGUUUCUCUCAGCUCUUCCUGCUUUUUGUUAAAGGGAGAAUACGGAAAUGAAAGGAAGUAGAAAUUCCAUUCUAAAAAGUUUUGUGCUGAUUCAUAAAUCUUAAAUUAUCCAUGACAUUGUACUAAGAUGUGUUUCAGGCUGACUUGAAAGAGUGAGACAUCCCUUCUGUCUGAGAUGUUACUUUUAUGUAAUGUGAGUGAAAUUCAGGAAAGCCAAGAAGGAAUGUAAAGAAAAUAGUUUGCCUUAUUUGAUUAUAUUACCUAAUCUAAUAUUCAAAUAUGUGAAGUUGCAUUUCUGUUUUUAAUAGUAUUCUAUUACAUUCUGAACUAAAUAUUUACAGUCAUUCUAUGUCUGUGUACACAACAUCAAAAACUAUUUCCCUUGAUUCGUUUUUUUAAGAGCCUGGUUAUCACCGUGUUACCUAGACUGGUCUCAAAUUCCUGGGCUCAAGCCAUCCACUUGCUUUGGCCUUCUUUAAGGUGCUGGAUUCACAGGCACAAGCCACUGUCCUCCUGGAAAUUUUCAUAAAUUCAUCUGUAGUGUAUAUCUCUGGAUGACGGGGGCAUUUGAAUAGUUUAUUCAUCAGCAUGGUUUUUUUCUACUGCCCUGAAACAUUGAGAGCUGGCCUUGUAUUUUAGGCUAUACCAGUUAAAUAAUCUGAGAAGAUCUCAUUUUGGAAUGUGGAAGUAUUUGAUGAGGAACAUUACAUGUUUUUGGUGACCCUACCAUAUUGCAUGGUAAUUCUUUCAUCACAGGAACUGCAGUGUUCCCCCAACCACACCCCUUCCCACAUCUCUUAUGUAACCUUUAAACUGUUCUUUAUGCCCUUGGCACAGUGUUGUUUCUCUCAUUCUGUUCCUUGAAUUAUUGUGCUCACUUCAUUACCACUUAAUCAUUUCUUGAAAAAAAAUUUCUUUUUUUCUUUUUCAUUAUUCUGCUUGUUGGUUAAUUCAUUGUAAAAUAGAUAAAUAAAGAAGAUAUCCAAUGAGGACCUGUCCCUAUUUUAUCUGGAGUUUAGUGGAGAGAAUCAUGACCAGAGAUUUGGAGGUAACAGCAUAGAGAUGAUAUUUAAAGCUGCAGAUACCUAUAGCAUCACCAGACAGAGCACUGGUUACCAUGCAGAUUUCCAGCCAGUAACUUCAUUGUUCUGUCUUUGUUCAGCUGCACAGACAAAUGUGAUCAAACCCAGUUAACACACUGCUUUCCACAGUGAUAUUAUUACUCUAGUGGACCCACUCUAAUAUACUCAAUGCUCACAUGCAUCCUUAUAGAAACACCCUUUAUACUCCCUUCCAGAAAUAUGAAAAAUGGCAAGAGAGGCAAACCAUAGACACCACUCUGUGAUCACUGGCUUUUCACUGGACUCCACUACAGACCGAGUAGUCAGCAAAAAGAGAGGCAAGAGAAAAUGAAGAAGCAUGUGGUUAUCACAGAGGUCAAGAAAAGAGAGUUUCAGGAUGCAGGAUGGGUUCAGGAGUGCAGAUGCUUCACAGAGCCAGAAUGACAAGGGUUUUUAGCAAGCAAGAGAUUCCCAUAAGAGGUUCUGCUUUCAGCAUUCUCUGGGACUUGAUAUUCUAAAUAGCUGACCUACUGUGGUACAAAUAGUCCCACCAGGAGAUAGUUCCUGUUAUUAAACAGCUUACAAUCAGAAUGGGAAGUAUAUAGGAAGGAGGCAUGUUCCAUGCAUCCCCUGUCAUCUUUUUCUUUGUCUGCGUCUCCCUGAUACCACCUGGAGCUUACCUUGAUGGAGGGACAUGCUCAGAAGAGACUCCAGAAACACAGGGAGUGAUUUAGAAGAGUGGAGGAAGGAUUUCUUCUGGAAGAAUGGUGGGUUACGUUGUGAGAAAUCUUGAGUGAUGAAAAGACUUUCAACUAAUUGAAUUGAACUCAUUGAACUAAACUGUGGGCCCUCUAGAUAGGAUUAGUAUUCUAGCUACAUGGAUCUACCACAGACUUAAAAUAGUAUCUAGAGCUGUAAAAUUAAACGUGUAAUAAGGAAAAUUUUUAUAUAACCUGCUCUUUCAACAGAUGGAGGUGAUAUGCUGUGAAUUUGUAUUGCUCUUCUGUUUAAUUCUAUUGCUUUUUACCAUAUUGGUACUUAGGCAGGUUUGCUGAUAUUUAAGAGAGUUGCUAAUCAUUGACAACAUAGGUUUACUAUUUCAGCCAACCCUAAGGAAUUGAUUUUAAUGAUCUGUCAUCAUAUGGCACACAGUGAUGGACAGUGUUAUUUUUGACUGGCUAGUUUAAUAUGUGCAAAGCAUGUAUAUUUCUAUAUAUGCUAGUCAGUGCCCUAAGUUUAUAUUGUACCUCAGAGGGGUUUGAUGCUAUAAAUAAGGAUGGGAAAAGGGAGGGAGAGAGAUGGAAACUGAGAGGGAGAAAAAAAUAAAGAAAAAGGAAGGUCCUUAUGACUGAAAAAAAAUCUGUUAUUUAACAUAAUUAAUUGCCCAUCUCGAACCUCAUCAGUUUUUACAGGCCACUAAACUGUGGCUUCUCUCUCCCAUGUGCUCAUCUGUAUUUUGAAAUGAAAAGAAAACAUUGAAUUGUUGUUAUAUAAUGUAAUGGGAGUCUUGAAAUUUCUUUUGAAUUGGUAAGAAAUUUUUCUAUUUAAAAUAAGAUUUUAUAAACCCAUUAAAAAUAUUGGAAGUAUAUGAGAUGGUUUGGAAGAGAAAUACUGAUGGUGAAGACUGAGCAUUUCCAAGACAGUUUUAUUUCUUAUAUUUUACUGCCAGCUUUUAGUUUUCUCCUGUAAUGGAAAUAACGUCACAUAUCCUAAGAAAGACAGUUCUACAGUAAAUUAUUUUCUAAGACAAAUGAAAUGUGGCAAGAGUUUUUAUCAUGGUGGGAUUGGUAUGUUGUCCUUUUAGAGAAUGAAUGUUUGGGGAAUGAAAGAUGAUUUAUUUGAUUUUCUGUGAGGUUGUGGGAAAUGUUGAAACCACCCAGUUUUUAUAAGAAUCUACUUAUUAUUUAUUCUAUGUAGAAUAUUGAAAUAAUCAGCUUUUUGGAAGAUGAACAGGUGUUUGCAUUUUGGCUCAGUUGAUCGAUUUUCCUUCCGUUUUAUGAGGAUCACUUCUUGAACCUCUGCUGUGGCCGUACAUGCUGUCCUUUGAUAUCCUUGGAAGCAAUAGUUAGCACGUUUUGUCACUUGAAGGCUUAUUGUUGAAAGAGAAACACAUAAAGUUCUGGAAUAUAAAGGGAAUAAUAGCAGUCUGACAGUAGAAGUAUCUAGAAAGCUCAAAAGCCAGGUUUAAUUAGGUAGCAGUGCAAAACUAUUAUCCCUUUUACAAAAGAUGGUGAAGAGGAGUGCUAGUGAAAACAAUUGGCAUUUAUAUGAACAGCUGCACAGACCCAGCCAGCACGAGCCCAGCCAGAGCUCGCCUGGCCCUGCAUUCUGCAGGCAGCAUGCAUUUUUUUUUUAAACACCCCUACAUGUUCCAACCUUUAAAUAGAAGCGAGUCUUCUAAAAUGAUGCCGUGUGCUGCAAGAGAAAUGAAAGCGCCUGCCUUGGAGGCAGGAAGCCGACUAGGGAGAUGCUUAAUUAUCGUGGAAGUAAGUGCUUGUUACCAUUGAGUGGAGAGUGCAGCAAGUGCGGGUCGUCCUCGGGUGUCAGAGCCCUGAUUUGUAGACAAUGCCGCCCUGUCAGCUCAGUGCUGGUUCAGCAGCAUCUUUCCAAACAUGUAUUUGGCAAGAAUUUAAAGGCCACCUCUUGUGUAAUUUGUGGAGUCUUGGAAAAGGAGCCUCUGCCUUUCUUUUCACAAUGUACGCAACCAUGCAGAAUUUUAUACUCAGAAUCUGUGCCUCCUGCCUCCUGCCUGACGUGCUCAUGAGGAAGUUCGUUUCCAUGCCUGUCACCUGGAAGGAUGCUAACAGUUCUCUGUAAUCUGUUGGGGAUAUGGAGAGGGCCACCCAGAGCUGUGUUUUGUUUCUGCCGUCUUCAUAAAUUAGCACUGAUGGGGUGGAGUAGGUUGUACUGCAUAAGGAAGUGCAGGCAUUUUGUUCAUUAGUGAGAUACUUCUAGCUUUUAAGAGUAGAAGAAACUAAAGAAAGCUUGAGAAGAGGUGGUGGUGAUUGCUGGAUUCAUUCUGCAGUAUCCUCGACUCGAGAAAGCAUGGGAUUAUGGCACCCACAGAAUCUCAGUAAUACAAGUUCCAUUCAGUUUUUUCUGAAAGAAAGCCCUCUGUUAAAGUGAAGCAAAGAAACUGUUGUGGAUUAUAACCUUUAGAAGUUCCAAAUUUUCAGUUGUUUACAAAUGAAGCAUUAUUUAACCUUUUAAAUGAAAAAGACUAAGAUCUCACGCAACCGUCGUAUUUUCUGGAAGCCAUUCUCCGAAAGGGAAGUGUGCACAUUUAAAACACAGAUAUGAUGGUCCUUUCUGCAGGGAUUUAAGUCUGCUUGCUUUUACAUCAUGACCAGCUUGAAACGGUCACAGACAGAAAGGCCUCUUGCCACUGACAGGACCUCCGUUGUUGGCGCAGAUGGCACCCCCAAAGUCCACACUGAUGAUUUCUACAUGCGGCGUUUCCGGUCCCAAAAUGGCAGCUUAGGAUCAUCAGUUAUGGCUCCUGUAGGACCUCCCCGAAGUGAAGGUUCUCACCAUAUAACCUCAACCCCCGGAGUCCCAAAGAUGGGGGUAAGGGCAAGGAUUGCAGAUUGGCCCCCAAGAAAGGAAAACAUAAAAGAAUCUAGCCGUUCAAGCCAGGAAAUAGAAACCUCAAGUUGCCUUGAUAGCCUGUCCUCCAAAAGCAGUCCUGUGAGUCAGGGAAGUUCUGUUAGCCUCAAUUCCAAUGACUCAGCCAUGCUGAAAAGCAUACAGAACACGCUGAAAAACAAGACAAGACCGUCGGAGAACAUGGACUCCAGAUUUCUCAUGCCUGAAGCCUACCCCACCUCCCCCAGAAAAGCUCUUCGCAGAAUACGGCAGCGAAGCAACAGUGAUAUCACCAUAAGUGAACUUGAUGUGGAUAGCUUUGAUGAAUGUAUCUCACCUACAUACAAGACUGGACCAUCCCUGCACAGGGAAUAUGGUAGCACAUCUUCCAUUGAUAAACAGGGAACGUCCGGAGAAAGCUUUUUUGAUUUGUUAAAGGGCUACAAAGAUGACAAAUCUGAUCGAGGUCCAACUCCAACCAAGCUCAGUGACUUUCUCAUUACUGGUGGUGGCAAGGGUUCUGGUUUCUCUUUGGACGUUAUAGACGGGCCUAUCUCACAGAGAGAGAACCUCAGGCUUUUUAAGGAAAGGGAAAAACCACUCAAGCGACGUUCAAAAUCUGAAACUGGAGACUCAUCUAUUUUUCGUAAAUUGCGCAAUGCCAAAGGUGAAGAACUUGGGAAGUCAUCAGAUCUUGAAGAUAACCGAUCAGAAGACUCUGUCAGGCCCUGGACGUGUCCAAAGUGCUUUGCCCACUAUGAUGUCCAGAGUAUAUUAUUUGAUUUGAAUGAGGCUAUUAUGAACAGGCACAAUGUGAUUAAGAGGAGAAACACCACCACUGGAGCUUCCGCAGCUGCCGUGGCAUCCUUGGUCUCUGGCCCUCUGUCUCAUUCAGCCAGUUUUAGCUCCCCAAUGGGCAGCACGGAGGACCUGAAUUCCAAAGGAAGCCUCAGCAUGGACCAGGGAGAUGAUAAAAGCAAUGAGCUUGUAAUGAGCUGUCCAUAUUUUCGGAAUGAGAUAGGUGGAGAAGGGGAGAGGAAAAUCAGCCUUUCAAAAUCAAAUUCUGGCUCCUUUAGUGGAUGUGAAAGUGCCUCCUUUGAGUCUACCCUUAGUUCCCAUUGCACAAAUGCAGGAGUGGCAGUACUUGAAGUGCCCAAGGAGAACUUGGUGUUGCACCUAGAUAGAGUGAAAAGAUACAUCGUGGAACACGUGGACCUGGGUGCAUACUAUUAUAGAAAAUUUUUCUACCAGAAGGAACAUUGGAACUAUUUUGGAGCUGAUGAGAAUCUUGGUCCAGUGGCUGUGAGCAUUCGAAGGGAAAAACCGGAAGAAAUGAAAGAAAAUGGAUCUCCAUACAACUACCGAAUAAUUUUUAGAACUAGUGAGCUCAUGACACUGAGAGGUUCAGUCCUGGAGGAUGCCAUUCCUUCGACAGCCAAGCACUCGACGGCCAGAGGGCUGCCUCUCAAAGAAGUGCUGGAGCACGUGGUUCCUGAGCUCAAUGUCCAGUGCCUGCGAUUGGCCUUCAACACGCCCAAGGUCACAGAGCAGCUCAUGAAACUGGAUGAACAAGGGCUGAACUACCAGCAGAAAGUAGGCAUCAUGUACUGCAAAGCUGGACAGAGCACUGAAGAAGAGAUGUACAACAAUGAGUCAGCUGGCCCAGCCUUUGAAGAAUUCCUUCAACUAUUGGGAGAGCGAGUUCGGCUCAAAGGAUUUGAGAAGUAUCGCGCACAGCUUGAUACCAAAACUGACUCCACUGGAACCCAUUCUCUGUACACAACAUACAAAGAUUAUGAAAUUAUGUUCCAUGUUUCUACCAUGCUGCCAUACACACCCAACAACAAGCAACAGCUCCUAAGGAAGCGGCACAUUGGAAAUGAUAUUGUAACAAUCGUUUUCCAAGAGCCUGGAGCACAGCCGUUCAGCCCAAAAAACAUCCGAUCCCACUUCCAGCACGUUUUUGUCAUCGUCAGGGUGCACAAUCCCUGCUCUGACAGUGUCUGUUACAGUGUGGCUGUUACCAGGUCCAGAGAUGUGCCUUCCUUUGGGCCUCCCAUUCCUAAAGGGGUCACUUUCCCUAAGUCAAAUGUGUUCAGGGACUUCCUUUUGGCCAAAGUGAUAAAUGCAGAAAAUGCUGCUCAUAAAUCGGAGAAGUUCCGGGCCAUGGCAACUCGGACCCGCCAGGAAUACCUGAAAGAUCUGGCAGAAAAGAAUGUCACCAACACCCCUAUCGACCCUUCUGGCAAGUUUCCAUUCAUCUCUCUGGCUUCCAAGAAGAAGGAAAAGUCUAAGCCAUACCCAGGAGCUGAGCUCAGCAGUAUGGGGGCCAUUGUGUGGGUAGUCCGGGCUAAAGACUACAGCAAGGCCAUGGAACUAGACUGCCUUUUAGGGAUCUCCAAUGAGUUCAUCGUGCUCAUUGAACAGGAAACGAAGAGCGUGGUCUUCAAUUGUUCCUGUAGAGAUGUGAUAGGGUGGACUUCCACUGACACCAGCCUCAAAAUCUUCUAUGAACGAGGAGAAUGUGUUUCAGUGGAGAGUUUUAUUAACAACGAGGAGAUCAAAGAGAUUGUCAAAAGGUUGCAGUUUGUUUCAAAAGGCUGUGAAUCAGUGGAGAUGACUCUGCGAAGAAAUGGCCUAGGACAGCUUGGCUUCCACGUCAACUAUGAGGGCAUCGUGGCGGAUGUGGAGCCCUACGGUUAUGCCUGGCAGGCAGGGCUGAGGCAGGGCAGUCGCCUGGUGGAGAUCUGCAAGGUGGCUGUAGCCACUCUUAGCCAUGAGCAGAUGAUCGAUCUCCUGAGAACAUCUGUCACGGUGAAGGUUGUCAUCAUUCCUCCCCAUGAUGACUGCACCCCACGGAGGAGCUGCUCCGAAACCUACCGCAUGCCAGUUAUGGAGUACAAAAUGAACGAAGGUGUUUCAUACGAGUUCAAGUUUCCCUUCCGAAAUAAUAACAAAUGGCAGAGGAACGCCAACAAGGGGCCUCAUUCACCUCAAGUCCCAUCCCAGGUGCAGAGUCCCAUGACCUCACGGCUGAAUGCUGGAAAAGGAGAUGGGAAGAUACCUCCUCCAGAAAGAGCCGCCAACAUCCCUCGAAGCAUCUCCAGUGACGGGCGCCCACUAGAGAGGCGGCUGUCUCCUGGUUCGGACAUCUAUGUGACGGUCUCAUCCAUGGCUUUAGCAAGAUCCCAGUGUCGGAACUCUCCUAGCAACCUGUCUUCAUCCAGUGAUACGGGCUCUGUGGGGGGCACCUACAGGCAGAAGUCCAUGCCUGAAGGGUUUGGAGUGAGCCGCAGAUCCCCGGCCUCCAUUGACAGGCAGAACACCCAAUCAGAUAUCGGUGGCAGCGGAAAAUCAAUACCUAGCUGGCAAAGAAGUGAGGAUAGCAUUGCUGACCAGAUGGCUUACAGUUAUAGAGGACCUCAGGAUUUCAAUUCUUUUGUCCUCGAGCAGCAUGAAUAUACAGAGCCAACAUGCCAUCUCCCAGCAGUAUCAAAGGUACUGCCAGCUUUCCGAGAGAGCCCCAGUGGGAGAUUAAUGCGGCAGGAUCCAGUGGUUCAUUUGUCUCCAAACAAACAAGGGCAUUCUGAUAGCCACUACUCGAGCCACUCCAGUAGCAAUACUCUCUCCAGCAAUGCGUCGAGUGCCCAUAGUGAUGAGAAGUGGUACGAUGGGGACCGCACGGAAUCCGAACUCAACAGCUAUAACUAUCUGCAAGGCACCUCUGCUGACAGUGGCAUUGACACCACCUCUUAUGGCCCCAGCCACGGCAGCACAGCCUCCCUGGGGGCUGCCACAUCGUCACCUCGCUCAGGGCCAGGCAAGGAGAAAGUGCCACCCCUGUGGCACAGCUCCAGUGAAGUAAUCUCCAUGGCAGAUCGGACUUUGGAGACAGAGAGCCAUGGCCUGGACCGGAAAACAGAGUCUUCCCUGAGCUUAGACAUACACAGCAAGAGCCAAGCUGGCUCGAGCCCUCUGACAAGGGAGAACAGCACCUUCAGUAUAAAUGAUGCUGCUUCCCACACAAGUACCAUGAGCUCCCGACACUCUGCCAGCCCAGUGGUUUUCACCAGUGCCCGCAGUUCACCUAAAGAAGAGCUUCAUCCAGCCGCCUCCUCGCAGCUCGCCCCGUCCUUCUCCUCCUCCUCCUCCUCCUCCUCUGGUCCUAGAAGUUUUUACCCUCGCCAGGGCGCUACUAGCAAGUACCUAAUUGGAUGGAAAAAACCUGAAGGAACCAUAAAUUCUGUGGGAUUUAUGGACACGAGAAAGCGUCACCAGAGUGAUGGCAAUGAAAUAGCCCAUAGCAGGCUGCGUGCCUCAACCAGAGACCUCCGGGCAUCUCCUAAGCCAACCUCCAAGUCCACCAUUGAAGAAGAUCUAAAGAAACUGAUCGACCUUGAAAGCCCAACUCCUGAAUCACAGAAGAAUUUUAAGUUCCACGCACUCUCCUCUCCUCAGUCUCCUUUCCCCAGCACCCCCACCUCGCGGCGGGCCUUGCACAGAACACUGUCGGACGAGAGCAUUUACAGUGGCCAGAGGGAGCACUUUUUCACCUCGAGGGCUUCACUUCUGGACCAAGCCUUGCCCAACGACGUCCUCUUCAGUAGCACGUACCCUUCUCUCCCCAAGUCUCUCCCGUUGAGAAGGCCUUCUUACACCUUAGGAAUGAAGUCGUUGCAUGGAGAAUUCUCGGCCUCAGACAGCUCCCUCACCGACAUCCAGGAGACCCGCAGGCAGCCUAUGCCGGACCCUGGCCUGAUGCCCCUGCCUGAUGCUGCUGCCGACUUGGAUUGGUCCAACCUGGUAGAUGCUGCCAAAGCCUAUGAGGUCCAGAGAGCCUCUUUUUUUGCUGCUAGUGAUGAAAACCAUCGUCCCUUGAGUGCUGCAUCCAACAGUGAUCAGCUGGAGGAACAGGCUCUGGCCCAGAUGAAGCCUUACAGCAGUAAAGACUCCUCUCCCACUCUGGCUUCUAAAGUGGACCAGCUGGAAGGUAUGCUGAAGAUGCUUCGGGAAGAUUUGAAGAAGGAAAAAGAAGACAAAGCACACCUUCAGGCAGAAGUGCAGCACCUGCGAGAGGACAACUUGAGGCUGCAGGAGGAGUCCCAGAACGCCUCGGACAAGCUGAAGAAGUUCACGGAAUGGGUCUUCAACACCAUAGACAUGAGCUAGGGAAGGCUGAGGAGGACAGGAGAAGGGCCCGGACACUCCUCCAGCCCGUGUCCUGCAGCCCUGAUCCCACCAUAGAAAGCAUCCUCAGAGCACCUUCCCCAGCAUCCUACUCCGCCCCCUUUCGGGCAGUGCACAACACAACAGUUGCAGAUCAACAAUCAUCACCUGCCUUUUGUAGAAAAGAAAAAAAAAAGUAAAUAAAAAUUUUAAAAAGUAAAAUAAAAGUUUAACUGCUAAAAUGUGAAUGUCUUUAUUUUUUUGCACAAUAUCUUUAUCUGUUAUGUAUUUAAGAAGAAACUGGGCCUUGGACCAGGGUGCUCCCUGGCCCAUCUGCCUCUAUUCCCAUUCGCUUUCUUAUCAAUUUCAGGUAACCCAGGCUUUCCCUUGUUAUCCUAACAAAUGUCAUUAUUCCUAGAAAAAGAAUGUUUUUUUAACUUGUUUGAGGAGUAGAGAGGAAUAUUUCCUUACCUUCUUCCCUAAAAUGCCUGGAGAGGGAGUUGCUUUGAGAAAAUGCCUACCUCCCUUGAAUGACUCGUGCAUGAGCUAGUGCUGUUUGUAUCUGUCCUCCAGAGAUCAGCAGGAUCGGGGUUAGUAUCAGCAAGUCAGUAAACCAGAGCAGCUCUGACAGUGCCUGCAGGCCACACCCCUUGCCAGUCCCACAUUGUGAGGUCACUUCCUGCUUCUCCCGGGGAGAUGGUCCCACUUUUGCUGCAGGACUCUCUUUAUGUUUGGCUUAAUUGAGCCCCACUAAAUUGGAAUCAACCUCUCUGCAGCUUCCUGGCUCCAAACAUUAAUUGAUUUCAGAAUUCCCCACAAAUUAAAAACUUAUUAUCUGUAUGCAUUUUGAAUGAAUUUUGGUCAAAACUAUGAUGUCGUUUUAAAGAUAAAAAUGUGAUGCAACUGGUUUUCUAGCUUGCUCAAAAUGACCAUAUCACUAAAUUAAUCUUUCUCUCUAGAGCAAGACUUCACCAGUAUUUGUAACUAGGAAAAGCUAACAGUGAAUGUUUACUUGUGAAUUUUAAUCCUUGCUUGUUAGGAGCAAUGACUGUGAUAGUAGAAUGGGCUUUUGAAAUCUGCAUGUCCCAGUGUGAAAUUUCAGCACGGCAUUUUCUGCAUCCUUUUGUGGGCAUCCAAAGGAUUCUGCUGCAGAAAUUAUUGAUGUGCUAUUUUUCCUGUCUUGUGAUGCAGGCCGCUUCAGGCCACUGGGUCACUGUUCCAAGGCCCUCACUGCUGUAGAGCACAAAGACAUGGGGCUGACCAGUGCUGACUGACCUGAGGAGACCCCUUUGUUUGUUGCCUUCAUAACUGUCACUAAACUGACCCCUCUGCCCUUUCAGUGGCAACUCUGGUCUAAGGGAACACUCAGCACUCUAGCGGCAUCUGCUUGGAAGUUCCCUCCCUCAAGUAAUCUCAAUUCCUUCCUCUCUCCAUCCCUGAAAGAAACAGGAUGGAUUUUCCUCUCUUCUCCCCGCUACAUCCACUACCGGAUUUUUAUGCUAGUUUCAUUAUUGAUUGUGAUUUCUCCAUGGGUUUGUUUUUUUUUUUUUUUUUUCUGGUGACAUUUCUAUCAUGGAAAUAGGAAGAUUUCGGAGUGCUUUGUAAAGAUUUCAAUUGUCUGUCUCUUUCUCUCUUUGACUUGUAUGAAGGAGAUUGUACAUUGCCUGAUAUCUCUUUGUAAAUGAGAAAUAUUGCUAACAUCCAAGCAUUCUGAAGUCUUGCUUAUCCUUCUGAGUUUAGUUCUCAUUUUGUUUUACAUUUUGUUUGGGGACUUGGGGCAAGCUAUUUAUUAGAGUUUUGCAACAGAGUUCUUGUUUGAAGCCUCUAAAGACUACUUGUAAAAUUCAAACAAUAAAAUUCAUUUUAAACGCUCUUUUAAAA